AUGACAAUCAAUAUUUUGAAACUCAAUAAAAAUUUUAAUGAGGAUCGGUUUUAUAUAUAACACAAAUAUAAAAUGUUUUUUACUGUGUUCCAUAAGAAAUCGCACGCUCAAAAUUUUCCAAGAAACCGAAAGUACUUGAAAAGUGUUUUGUGACCUGAGCGAACGCUCAUUGUCAUGGGAUAUUCUAUAAUCUUUCCCUUUUUAAAAUCUCGGAAUCGUUCUUCGAGCGAGAAGCUUAUUAAUAAAAAACAUAAUUUUUUCUGAGCUGACUUUUAAGCGUGUAAUUGGUGCGCUUUGUUCGUGGCCAAGACCAAAGCGAAUCGGUGAGAGAAAAUCGCAACUUCAGUUCCCGGAAGAGAGUCAGAAAUACAGUGGGAAUGGCAGGAAAUUUAGCUUCGAAUUUAGCUCGGAAGCAAAUCUCACUCGCUUGACGGGCAGAGCAAACGGCAGCCUCCGGGAGUUCGCCGAGAGAGCGGACCUACUCUCUCGAGAUCGCGGCGUAUUCGGGGAGACCGCGUGGUCUCCGAAUGAAAUCGAGCGCUUCACGCUACGUCGCGUCCGAACCGAAGCCCGGCAUGCGAGGGAAGAAAAAGAGAGGCGUACACACGAACGGGAACGCCGAGGCGCUGCCGCAUGUCGUGAAGCCGUGGCUGCGCGACCGAGCAAGGCGAACGGGAGCGAGUGUCAAGUCUCUCGCGCGCGCUCGGGAGAACGGGCGCGAUACAAGGAACGGAAAUUCACGUUGGCGAGGAGAGAAAAACCAGUCAGUCGCGAAUCUCGUACCGCGCGGUCCACCGCGGGAUCGUCCCCCGAAUAUUUGCGCGCGAGAGACUCGACGAAAUUCGCCUCGUGAUGAAAUUCGUCUCCUCGAGUGGGGAGAAGUCGCGAUUUCUUCAAUUUCUUCGGUCGGAGUUUGAGGUGAUUGUGAAUGAAGUCUGAGAAAGAGCGAAGAGACGUGCAGCACGCAUUCGGAGAAGUCGCACAAUAUUGGCGUAUAAAUUGCCGAGUUCUUUCUAAAAACUAACGUUACACUUGGCUUACUGAAACAAUAUUAUACGUAAUAGUGUCCAUUUCUAACAAUAAAUGGACGUUUUUUUCUCGAGGGACCGCAGCCCAAGACAUGGACCAUUUGGCCCAUGCGUUCAAAACGCCUCUGGCUGUUUGCUUUUUGUGAGUUUUGCGGAUCGUGUAUAAUAAGCGGGAUUCUUUCUUUUCGCGCUCUACACGCUCGUGAGUCAUUUUGUCAAUAUUACGAAACGGUGCAAAUAAUCUCGCGCUAAGAAGAGAGAGGAGGAGGAGGGAAAGUCGAGAGGGGAGUUUUAAAUAAUAACGAGAUCCAGUAGGUAGCGAACAUCUGUUUAAAUUAUUAUUGAUCAUUAGUGUUGCGCAACGUCGAAGGAGAGCGAUAGAAAUCCAAGUAGAACACAGAAGUGAUGAUACCAUAAAGAUAUCUUAUAUGUAUACUUAUAAGUAAUAAAUAGGGUCACGAUGGAUAUCCUUAUGAUGUUAUUACGACUCGUAUGUUCUACCUGAGAAGUCAACACACGCAAUCCGAUCUCUGCAGGUUUCCGUGGCAACCUCUUGGAGAUUUCGCAGGGAGAGGCAGUGUUUUUCUUUCAUUGCCGACGACGAAAGGACCGUAAUCGUGUGAUCGCCGCGCGAUUCCGUUUUUUUUCCGUUUAACGGCAGAAGGACGUUCCGGAUCGUCUUUGUGAAAGUCCAGUGCAACGUCAGCUGUCGAUCGUCAGCAAUCGCCAGCGGAUUGGUGGCCGUGCGACGAUGCGACCGCGGCGGAGCUGCAUGCGACGCGAAAUCGAUCCCUCGAUCCCACGUGGUGCCACGUGAAAGCGCGGACGCGGUGGAAGGAGAUGCUCGAGGGAUCGCGGACGAUCGGCGGAAGUGCGCGAGGGAGCGGCUCGUGAGAGAAUCGUCAAGAGAAUCGCGGUGGAUCACGCGCACGGGAGGAUAGGGAGCGUCUUCUUCGCGACGAGAGGAUGGACAGGGGCGAUAACAACGUCGUCGGAGUCGGCAGCGGAGUCGGCAGCGGUGGCGGCGGCGGCGGCAGCGGCGGUGGCGGUGGCGGAAGUGGCGGAAACAGCGGCAGCAGUGGCGGUGGCGGCGGUGGCAUCAGCGUGGGCUGUCACGUGGGAAAUUCCGGAUCCCCGCCGAACUCCACCUCGUCGACCCACGGCACGAUGCACAACUCCUCCGGCGGGUUCGACGGCCAGGGUGACAGAGGAUGGGAAAUUCACCACAUUACGGUGACCAGAGUCCCCGGUUAUGGCUUUGGAAUAGCUGUGUCAGGAGGUCGCGAUAAUCCUCAUUUCACUAAUGGCGAUCCAGCGAUCGCGAUCUCUGAUGUGCUCAAAGCCGGUCCAGCUGAAGGAAAAUUACAAGUAAACGACCGUAUCAUCUCCGCCAAUGGAAUAUCGUUGGAAGGUGCCGAUUACGGGGCAGCAGUGCGGGUUCUGCGGGAUUCCGGUUCAACCGUUUUAUUAGUUGUUAAACGAAGAGUCUCCUCGAAUUCACCCGGUUGUUUAGGCAACGGAAUGCCCCAGAGCCAUCGACUCACACUCACGCGAAACAAUAAAAAGGAUGACUUCGGUAUAGUGCUGGGAUGCCGGUUGUACGUAAAGGAGGUUACGCGGGAGAAUAUCGGAGUGAAAACCGGCGACGUGAUAACUCGAAUAGGCAGCGUCGCCGCCGAUAAUAUGAGUCUGAAAGAAGCUAGAAAGCUGAUGGACCAGUGCAAAGACAGACUCUCGAUCGUUAUUACGCGGGACAACUCGUGCUGCCAUGUGCAGCAACAAGGUAAAGGGGAUAGCGGUGAAUACCUGUCGGGCGCAAGUUACAGUAGUCAGAAUUUAUACGUUCCGCCACCUACGAGGCAGCCCUUGGAGGACAAGAGUAACCUCGUGCCAAGGGGUCGCUCGCGAGGUCCGCUGAUGGACGUGUCUCUUAGCCAGUUAGAUUUACCAGCUACUCCUACCGUAGAUCCACCCAGACCACCUCCGCCAAGACCGGAAGAUUAUUAUAGCACGCGUAGACAAUUGUACGAUGAAGAUUCGGUUUCGCCUCGGACAAAACAGCCCAUGCCGGAUCCCCGAUUUAUAACAUUCCAAAAGGAAGGUUCCGUAGGUGUUCGAUUAAGUGGUGGCAACGAAACCGGAGUCUUUGUAACUGCAGUUCAAGCGGGAAGUCCUGCAUCACUUCAGGGUCUUCAGCCGGGGGAUAAAAUUCUAAAGAUAAACGACAUGGAUAUGAAGGGGGUUACAAGAGAGGAAGCCGUACUGUUCCUUCUUAGUCUGCAAGAACAAAUUGAUCUUAUCGUACAGCAUCGACGUCAGGAAUACGACCAAAUUGUCGCAUCCGGCAGAGGUGAUUCUUUUCACAUAAAAACUCACUUUCACUAUGAGCAACCACAGAAAGGUGAGAUGAGUUUUCGUAGCGGCGACGUCUUUCAUGUGGUGGACACUCUUCACAACGGCGUUGUAGGAUCGUGGCAGGUUUUCCGAAUUGGACGAAACAAUCAAGAAGUACAGAAAGGUAUCAUUCCCAAUAAGGCCCGAGCUGAAGAGCUUGCAACCGCGCAAUUCAAUGCGACGAAGAAGGAGAUGAGUGCCAGCGAGAGCAGAGGUAGCUUCUUCAGGAGAAGAAGAAACAGCCAUAGACGCUCGAAAUCGUUAGGAAGGGACCAUUGGGAUGACGUAGUGUUUUCCGACAGCGUCAGCAAAUUUCCCGCUUACGAACGUGUAAUCUUAAGACAUCCCGGAUUUGUUAGGCCUGUUGUUCUUUUUGGACCCGUAGCUGAUCUAGCUAGAGAAAAGCUUCUCAAAGAUUUUCCUGAUAAGUUUACUUCGCCACAAAUGGAGAGUCAGAUGGAGGAUGGUACGGGCAAGAAUACUAAAACGUCUGGUAUUAUUCGUCUGAGCGCGAUCAGAGAAGUGAUGGACAGAGGCAAGCAUGCGCUGCUCGACAUCACUCCCAACGCCGUGGAUCGCUUAAAUUAUGCUCAAUUCUAUCCGAUUGUCAUUUUUCUGAAGGCCGAGACGAAACAAAUCAUCAAAGAAAUGAGAGCUGGUAUACCAAAAUCUGCGCACAAAAGCAGUAAAAAACUUUUGGAGCAGUGUCAAAAGCUCGAUAAGAUCUGGGGACACGUAUUCAGCGCGGUGAUCACUCUCAACGCACCGGAAGCUUGGUAUCGGAAGUUGAGAGAGCUCAUCGAUCGUCAACAGCAAGGCUCGCUGUGGAUGAGUCAAACCAAGCCGGAAGAAGCCCUCUCGGAUGACUUCCUAUUCCCGAUGACUUCUCGCCUCUCCUACGCUUCCUCCCCGGAGAGCGAUCUGGAGCUGAGCCCAGCGCCUGUUAUCCCUGGCACAUUGGGCCCACCGUCGCGGCUAAAGAGCAGCUCCGAUCCGAGCAUCGCCACUCAGGACGAUACUUCUGCGCCGCCUCCGUACUCGACGAAUUAUCAGCAAUCGUUCGAGCAGCAGAAGAGAAGGUCCCAAGGCGGAAUGGGGGACAGCAAGUACGGAUUCUCCCUGUCCGGUCAAAGGAGCAAUCAGUCCGGCUCGCCGGAAUAUCUAGGCAAUUCUUUUGAGCCUAGAUCUCCUCAUCAUAGUCCACCAGAUCUUCCGCCGCGAGUUGAUAGAAACGCAAAGCCGAUUAAUCAAACACCGCGGGGAACGAUAGGACGAUCCGCUCAGGAACGCCUAGGAGUGAAUAAAACCGACUCAAUUCUCGAUAUGGGGAAUUACAUUAAUGCGACUCCUCACAAAGCAAAUGCCACAUCAUCUCUCGAACGGGCGCAGCCGAAAGCGGGAAGUUACGAUAGCAUGUCUUCAUACGAUUCUUACAAUAAUACUAACGGGAAUGCUAAUAAUUAUGGGAUGGCGAAUUUGAACACGUCGACAGGUCGUUUGGGCCCGAAUGUACCUGAUGAUCUCAAGAGCAGCAACAUAACUACGAGAACACACGAUCCAUAUAGAUUCACUAGGUCCACAGCUCAGCCUGUUUCCACGCAUGACACUCCAACACGAACCGAUUAUGCUAAAUACAGCCGCUCUACUGAUUACAAAUCGAUACCAAUUUCACAAAAUAAACCGGCUGGCGCCUACAAGCCAAUUCCGCCUCCAAAACCGAAGAACUACAGACCACCUCAAGCGCCACUUGGACAAAUGGAGAACAACGGGAACGAUGGAAAUAAUUCGUAUCAACACUCGAAGAGUUAUUCCAUUGCGACGUCACAUGUACAUAACGGGGUAGAAAGCAACAGUAACGUGCAGCGCAACAGUGGCCAGUAUUACUACAACAUCCUGCCACCGGGCCGUCAUAAUGAGGGCAAUAUCGUGAAUUCACAUCACAAUUUGAGCCACCUCACGCAGCCGACGCACAGUCACAGCCUUAGUCACACGCAUUCUCACUCUAGCCCGCCGGUGACCACUACGCAUUCCCAUAGUAACAGCACCAGUCAGAUCAGUCUUGGUCUAACGCAUAACCGUAACAACACGAAUCACAAUGGGUAUAUGCAUGGUAAUAGCCAUGCUUCCGCGGGUCCUCUCUAUCCCGCCGUUAACCCCGGGCACAAUAGGGAACCGAGCGGUCUGGACCUGGCCGGUAGCCGAGAACAAAGAGGAAGCGCUUUCGAGCUUUAUCGAAAGCCAGUUCAUCAUUACAAUAUGAGGUGAGUAGAGGCGAAGAAGAGAAAAAUGGACCAACGGAUGCACAGUAAAAUCCUGAGAUUUUACUCCAACGGAUGAUGAAACUUUUUUUACCCUAUGAGAGAAGUACUUAAAUAUUUUAUACAUUCUAAGAACAAAUUUUGUAUUACGAAAUAGAGAAUUUUAUUAUUAUGAUAAAAAAGAUAAUGUUAAAGAUUAUCUUUUUCGACACAAUUCGUAUUUCAAGAAGUGAGAAGAUCGAUCUUGUUCAUUACACAUGGGCAUUAAUAUUUUUAAAAGCGUAAAAUAGAUUUUGGAAAACGUAAAAAGUUAUUCUGUAAUAAAAAAAAAAUUAACAUACAAUGUUAAUUAAAUGAUAUUAAUAAUUCCUUUUUGUUUCGACAAUAUCAAGAGUGUACAUCGAAUAUGAAAACUUUCUUUGAUUUCUACAAACGUAGCUCAGUGGGAAUAUUGUUGUAUGUUACAGUUAAUGUGUAUCCUGAUGCAAGACUUGUUAUAUUAGAAUAAAUUAGUUAUCUAUCGGAAUGCACAGAGGAAUGAAUCGUGCAAUGUCAUAGAUAAAAGAGGUUAUAUUAAUUAAGACAUAAUAUCACGAAAAACACUGUGCCUUCCGUAAGACGACAAGGAAAUUUAACAUUUGAUUUACAUAAAAAAAUCCUGAGAUACUCCAACGAAUUUUUUUUUACCCUAUGAGAGAAGAAGUACUUAAAUAUUUUAUACAUUCUAAGAACAAAUUUUGUAUUACGAAAUAGAGAAUUUUAUUAUUAUGACAAAAAAGAUAAUGUCAAAUAUUAUCUUUUUCGAUAUGUACGUAAGAAGUCUUACCACAUAUUUAUGUAUCUAUAAUAUGACGAUAUAUAAAUUGUGCGUAUGUUUAAUAUAAGAAUAAUGUAGAACAAUUUUUUAAAGACAGAUACGAAAUAAGUGCAAUGUAACGUAACAAUACUCAGUCGACUAUAUACAUCAGAUGAAUCUGUACAGUUUUAUUUGUAUUAGUUAUAUUUUCGUGCUUCUGUUAGAAAUAUGAAUAACGUCAAACGAGUAGAAGAAAAAACAAUUUUGCAAACUUGUUGCGAGUAAUGUUAAACAUAAAUGUUAUAACGAGUAUUUAACAGUUUACAAUACUUACCAUUUAUUUUUUAAAUAUUAUAGAAAAAAAA